AUGAUUCCACGUUUUACUCAUGUAUUACAACUAAUGAAAAAUGUGGAAAGGAACUUGUUUCAUAUGUUUGGAUAUCAUCCACCUAAAGAGUUAGCAUUGGCCUAUGUUCAUGAGAGGAAACCUGUAGCUACUCCUAAAAAGUUCUCGAUUAAAGACAUCGUUGGGGAUGGUUUCUUAUUGGCUGUACCUAAGUUCCGGAGGACUAUUGAAAGAAAACUGAAGAGAAAAUUUGGUACACCUGAAUAUGUAUGGAAGAUGCUUGUACCAAAAAAUGAUAUCAAAGUUUGCCAAACCUGUGGACAUCAUCAUGAAAAAAGGAGACUAUGUGAAAACUGUUACACCAAAAUAAAGAAAGAAACCAAGGAAAUUCAGGCACAGAUAAAGGAAAAACUUGGUAUUAAUCCUAUUGAACAUGAUGUUGUGGUUUUGUAUAAAGGAGAAACUCUUCCCGAUCAGCCCAAGGAAUUCUGGAAGGGGAAAAGAAUUAUUGAAAUGAAAAAGGAAAGGCCACAGUGGUUCAGCAAAAACCUCCUUGAAAAGACUACACAACAACCAUCAAAGUCUACAGAUGUCAAACCUACCGACUUAGCAUAA